GAGGAUGUGUAAAACUGCACUGACUGACUUGAUUUCUCUGCGGGUUAAUCUCCUGCACACAUGAUGGAUGGAUGGGUAAACGGAGGACAAACUGAAUUCAGUUCCAUUUUUUUUCAGCUCAGUUUCUGCCAGCCAGGCGCUUUUUAAUCUCCAAAAUUUCCCAUGGUGCACAGGGAGGGCGUGUUUUUUCAUUAUUUAUUUUUUUAUAAAUCCUUCUGACUGUGACGCAGCGGCAGGAGGAGGAGGAGGAGGAAAAAGUGACAGAGCGAGGAGGAGAAAGACUCAGCUGCUUUUGCAGACUGGGGAACCGGGUCGAGUCAUUCCUGUUUUUAGCUGCUCUGCAGACACUUUUCUCCUCAGAUGUGUGGAAACUUUUAUUUCUGCCGUUUCUUUGUUUCCGCCGCUUGCGAUCUGAAGGACGCAUCUUCUAUCUCCAAAUGUCCGGCGUUAGUUAGUUUGACUUUAACGGUAAAACGCUCAGUGGGCUUUAAAGUCGAUGGCGCUCUAAGAUGCAGGUAGGAACGUGCAAACAGGAAUUUAUCCUUUCUUAAUCCUUUAAAGCUGUUUAAAGCUCGGUUUUAUUUCCCUCUCGGUGUUUAGAUGUCCUAAAGUUAAGGAUUAGAGCGUCUGAUCAUAAAUCCGAUUAAAAACAACAAAAACAUUUUUCUAAGUUAAGCCGUUAAACAAACAGCAGCAGCAGAAUAAUAGUUUUCUACAAGCAGAAUUAUCAUAAUUAUGUUUAAAUUAAGGAGAGAAUCAGAUUAUUCUUCCAACUCGCUGCUGGAGGUUCUGCGUUUUAUUUCAUUUCCUGCAGCCCGGCUCUCGUUUUUCGAGCGUUUUACCCGUGAGAACAGAAAAAAGUCAGUUUGUUGAGCUUCAGUCGUAAAACGCUCUGCGGUGAAGAGAGACCCGAGGAUGCAGAGGGCGAUGAUGGCCUGCACCGAAUGCCUCCGUCCGCCGAGAGACGACAGCUCCUCUGCUGGACAGAGAAGCUGCCUGGGCUUCACGUCCUUCUCCAUCGCAGAUCUCCUCAGGUCCAAGGAGCCCAGCAGCUCCCAGAAGCUCAGGACGAUGGACGGCGGCGCCGGCGAGGUGGGCGAGGUGACGGUGUCCCGCCUGCAGGUGGAGGAGGACGAGGAGGAGGAGGAGGACGAGCGUCCCGCAGACAAGCGCUCCGUGCUGUGCGACACGCUGCACGGCUCCGUCCAGGACAGAGACAACAGUCCGCUGAUGAGAGCCGCGCUGUGCUCCCAGGUGUGUAAGGUGUACCGCUUCCAGACGGAGGACCGCAGGUGGCUGCUGGUCAGGGAGCAGAUGUCGGAGACGCCGCUGUCCUUCUCGCUGCCCAGGCAGCUGCUGAGCGCGUUGGUCCAGGAGCACGAAGACAGAGUCCUGGAGGUGAAGGAGCUCAGCGACCUUUCGCCGCACUGGGACGGCCUGCGCCACGACGUCAUCGCCCACUGCAGCCAGCUGACCAGCGCCUAUCGGCACACGCAGGCCGAACUCGACAAGCUCUCCACUUCGUCCUGCUUCAAGGCAAGCAGCAGCAAGUCUGACAGACACCUCCAGUUCGUCCCCACCAACCUGCACUCCCAGAGGAUGGAGGUGACCGGCCCCGACAGCGCAGGUGUUUGGUACGAGGUCGUCACGUUCGGUGCCCCGGCCGACCACCACCAGGCGUUCAGACACGGCGGACUCAAGAAGCUGAUCAGCAAACACGCUCACCACAGAAAGAGCUCCGUGUCGUAUUCCCGAGACGAGAUCUGCAGAGCCAGGGAGCUGCUGGCCAGCGUCGCCCGGCUGCAGCCUCUCAUCUUCGGGCUCGCUGAGGAGCUGCUGUUCGUCUGCGCGGAGGUAAACUUCGGCCGCCUGUGGGAGGCGCUGGACAGCCUCAAGGAGCAGACCUCGCUGUUCAUUCACGCCCUAAAAGACGAACUGGUUAAACGCGCCCUGCUGGACAUCCACGACCAGUCCGCCUCCAACAACCACAGCGACCACGUGCACAGCAACGGGUUGCACUGCGAGGUCGCCCCAGCCGACCAGGAGUGGGCGCCGUCGCUUCGGCUGCAGGACGGCGGCGAGUACGGCGGCGAGGAGUGGGACCGGACGUGGGAGAACGUGGGAAAGUGUCUGGACUGCAUCCUCGCCAUGGUGGAGCGUCUGCAGGGCCGAGAGCGCCUCCUGCAGGAGCAGUCGUCACCGGGGGACGCCAGGUCCCAGAACGCAGCCUCUCCUUCCUCCUGCUCCUCCUCCUCUUUAUCCUCCUGGCAGGAGCAGCUGCUCCCCCUGGUGGUCACUCUGAGAGACUGCGUGCGGGAGGCAGUGACGAAGGCUCGCGCUGCCAUGACCUUCGUCGUCCUGCAGGGGGCAGUGGCUGCGACUGUUGCUCAGGGUCCCGCACAGAUAGUCCAGCGGCGCCACGCUGUCUUCAGCCAGGGGCUGUCAGCCGUGGUUUGUGGCUUCAUGCUGAAGCUUUUCGGGGGUCUGGAGGAUCCAGAGUUCCUGCAGCAGCUUCUCUCUGUAGGAAUCCUGGCUCAGUUUGAAAGCCUGCUCAGCACCUACGGUGAGGAGGUGGGGAUGCUGGAGGACAUGGAGGUGGGUGUGGCCGACCUGAGCAGCGUGGCGUUCGCCAUCACCGAGGCCAAGUCAGAGCAACCAGACGACCUGCUGCCCACGCUCAGGGGAACAUGGGGCGGGUUUGUCGUCCAGGUGCCGCUGCCCUCUGAAACCUUCAGGUCGUUGCCUCAGGAGCUCCAGGCGGGUCGAUUGAUCCGAGUCGAGCCUGUUCUCUUCAACGUCGGGAUCAACCAGCAUCAGAGUCUGGCUGACAGGUUUGGAGACAGUUCGCUGCAGGAAAGAAUAAAUCAGCAGAGCUGUGAACGUCUCAGAGCUUAUUGUAACAAGCUGAGGGACAAACUUCCUAACACGGCUGGUAUCCAGUCACUAUUAGACCUGCUGUCGUCUCUUGAUCGCAGCGUGGAGGCCAAGAAGAGGAAAAACGUGGAGGUGCUGUGGAUAGCAGCUUUCGUGUGCCGUAAGGUCAACGGCGUUCGCCUGACGAGCUGUAAGAGCGCGAAGGAUCGCACGGCGAUGUCUGUGACGCUGGAGCAGUGUACGAUCCUCAGAGAGCAGCACGCUCUCAGCCAGCAGCACUUCAGCUCCGCACUGGACAGCAUGAGGAGGGACGGCUGCAGGACGGAGAACGUCCAGAAGAACGUCGGCAGCAGGAAGUUCGCCUUCAGCAGCGUCCAGCUCCUCACAUUCCCCAAACUCUACAGACCUCCAGACGGCAGCUACGGCUAGACGCGCCCACUCUUUCUACUUGUAUUUAAGUCCAAAGAUAGUUUAUUUUUCUCAUGCGAAAUGUGUGCGUGUUUGGCGGGCAAUGUCUGCAGAUUGUAUUUGUGUGUGAGUGAGGACCACGUAGUUGACUGUGUUCCAAUUGCAAACAUGUUUCUGCAAUAAAAGACUGAACUCU